GGCGUUGUUGCUCGGUGUGGACCCCUACAGGCCUGGCUACGGGGCAGUCAAAUGUCUCGUAAAGGAACUCCCUCCGCUUGCAAGUCAAAACAAAUCCCGCGAAUAUUUCGUAAUCGACGAGGUUUGUGUUCGGUUCGAGGUUGGACGCACGGAGAAGUUGGAGUCGUAGGCGGUUCGGCAGGUUACAGUCAGUCGGGCCUGUUGCCCGCUUCGCCGGAUGACGAGGAAAGGAAGGCAACAAAUAAAAAAGAAAAACACAAAGGAAAAAUCAACGACGAAAUCGUAGAAACGACUGAGAAAGUGUGGAUCAGGGAUAAACAGGUGACUAACGUUGUUUCAAACGAACCGAACGUUGAAACGAUCGGUAAAACUGCCGAUGUCGAGACUGUAGCCGACAUCGAGAAAUGGUUAAAAACGCGAACGGAAUCCGUGUCGAGCAUGGAUCUCGACGCGAUCAAGUCCGGGGUCGAGGAGGGCGUCGACCGGUACCUGGGCGAGGAACUCCAGCACGCUUUUCUGGAAAAGGACCCUGACGGGCUGUCGAUCGACAUAGAUCUGUCCGACAAGAAACUAAGUUUAGGUUAUGAUCCCUUACUUCAGGAGCUUCAGCACGAGAAACUGCUCGAUGCCUGCGAGAAAGAUGGUUUCAUGCUGCCGGAGUUCCAACUGGAUCAUUUAGAUCCAUUAGCUUUGUCUCCGGACGAUAUGAUGGUUGCCGGUGAAAUUUUACCGUCGACCAGUGCUCAACCUACUUUAAGUAUCCCUAAUGGGGAUGCUGAAGGAAUUUGUCCGGAAACAGAGCAAUCUUCUUUAAUAAAGAAAUCUAUUGUUGUAGAAAAUCAAGAAUCGCAUGCUAAAUCUCCAGUUCUUGUUGAUGAUUUGCACGAUAUUAACAGUUUGAACAAAGAGGAAGAUAUGCAGCUGCAAAAGAGUAGCGAUUUAUCAGAAAGCGCUGCUACUCUUUAUGCAGAGGAUUUUAAUACAGAACCAGAAGAGGAGGGAUUAGCAAAUACGAAAUUAGUUUCAGAUCCCUCUGAAAAUGCUAUAAUUGAACAGUUAAAGACGAAAAGUAAAGCAAAGUUAGAGCCAAGAAUUAUCAAAAAACGAAAGAAAAUGUCUGAAAAUGGAGAGAAGAAGUUAGAGAAUGAAAUUACAAUGUCAGGAGAAGAUGUUAUAGAUACUAAGGACGGUGUAAUGGCUGUUGUAGCUAUAUCGACGGAUAAAAUUUCAAAUAUGACGCAGAUUGUCAUAAACACCGGUACAGAGGAACAGAUAUACCAAGGAAAAACCUCUGAGUUAAUAGAAGCUACAGGAAACUUUCCAAAAUUGCCAAAGUUAGAAACUUCGACCGCAUGGAACGGUACGAUGGAACAUAACGUAGAGAAUCCCAGCAAUCAGCACGAAAUGGUGAUAUCUAAUGCGUUAGAAGAGUUAGGUAUUACGGAUGAUAAUUUACAACCAGUAUCGGUUAACGAACAGGGAAAAGUGUGGCUCUGUCCACGAGAUGAUUGUAAGAGGCAAUUUAGUAAACUUUAUGCUUUGAAAGGUCACCUACUAGCACAUUAUGGUGUGAGACCUUUUAAGUGCGACUUUGAAGGAUGUACUUGGGCAUUUUAUUCGGAGUUUAAACUUAAGCGGCAUAAAGAGACGCAUUUAAAGCGCAAAGACUAUAUUUGCAAGCGAGAAGGCUGUAAUCGUCGAUUUACUACAAUUUAUAAUUUAUGGAGCCACGAGAAAUUGCACAGUCGUCCAAAUAGGAUAUUAUGCCAAGUACCAGACUGCCAGGAAAAGUUUCAAACGAAAAGAGCCCUCGAGUUACAUAUGAAGUCUCAUGACCAAAGUCAUGCCCCGUAUGUUUGCAAGCACGAGGGAUGCGGAAAGAGGUACUACAGUAGCAAUGCAUUGACGUCGCAUCAAAGAUGCCAUAGUUAUAAGGAAAUAGAUGUAAAGUGUUCGUGGCCAGGCUGCGGUAAGGUGUUUGAUAAACCUUGUAGACUGAAAGCACACCUGCGUUCGCACACCGGCUGCAAGCCUUACCUUUGUACAUUUCAAGGCUGCCAGUGGGCUUUCUCGUCUUCUAGCAAAUUGAAGAGACAUCAAAAGAAGCACACCAACGAGCGCAAGUUCGUUUGCGACGUUCCUGCCUGUGGAAAAGCAUUUAUGAGAUCCGAGCAUCUGAAGGAGCAUAGAUUAACACACAAAGAGGGAAGAUACUUUCAGUGUUUAAUAUGUAACGCAAAGUUUUCUGCUAAAAGUAGUCUGUACGUUCAUAUAAAGAAGCAUCAAAUUAAGGAAGGUGUCGAGACAAAGUUAAACGAUACGGUUAACGGUCAGAAACGUACUAAGGUAAAGGAAACGCAAUGUUCCAGGGUAAACCCGGUUGUGAAAUCGAAAAGGAAGUCAAUAGAUCUGAACGUAAAUAUACCUUGUCUAGACUCGUCUACGGUAACAGUGAAAGCUGAAUGUAUCGAUGAAAAUGUGAAGAGUAACAAUGAGAAUCAAACUAAGGAUACUUUAGUGCCUCCUCAAGAUGAACCUAAAACUUUAUACCACUGUCCAGUUGAGACAUGUACACGUUCGUACACUACGAAAGCAACGUUAAGGGCACAUAUGUUGAAAAUACACGGUACCCCUGUUGAAGAUUGUGAUAAAUCGUCGAAAAGAAUACCCGCGAGUCCUGUUUGUAAUAUGGACUACAUUUUGUACACUACUCCUUCUGUAUCUGAACCUACAGAGCAAAUGAUAAUGGUAGCACCUUACGACGCGGUGAUUCUUAGUACUGCUUCAGAAAUAGAUCACUCGCUUCCAGAACCAGAACCACCGCCCUUUAAUAAUGUAUUAAAAUUGACUGAACCUUCUUCGCAUGUUGUCACCCGUAAACAAAUAUCUGAUCAACAUGUACGAAAAGAUCAGGGUUCAGCAAGGACUGAUUUAACGUUUUCUGAUGUAUGGAAAUUGAAAGCGAACGGUGCUGUGUUCGAUUCUGUUGUUGGAGCGUCUGAUGUUGUGUUAGGUGCGAAUGAUUUAGAGGAAGGAAGUUUAUUACUGACCGAGGAACUACCUUCGAUGUAUUAUCACGAUGACGUAGCAGGGACUGAAUAUCAAGUACUGCUACUUGAUUCAAUACCAUCUGAAAGUACUAUAAACCUAAGGGGACUCGAAUAAUAAUAUGUGAAAAUGUGUUUGGAUGUGGAUGGAAACUGAUCAUUGUUAUUUUUUAAUAUAGGAUAAGUUUUAAUAUGGUCUGUGAUCAAAAGGCUUGUUUUAGCCUUACAUUCAUUUAUACUGCAGUCCAUACUUGCUUCAAAUCGUUAUUUUAUUAAUAAAUUGUUGCUAUUUU